UGCUGAAUUCAUGAAACAUUCUUAAUAUAUAUUUUCAUUAAUUAACAAUAAUAUAUUGGUGAUUAAGAAAUUAAUACGGUCGGGAUUUAGAUUAAUCGGCAAAAAUGGGGUACCAAAACGUCAUCGUAAUGAGGCAUGGACACCGUCUUGAUACCGUCGACAAGAGGUGGACUAGCGACAACAAGAACAACCGUCCCUGGGACCCGCCGAUAUGCGUCACUGAGGAACCAAACUUGUUUUCCGAUGCGGCGGAGAGUAUCCAGGAUGGUGUUGGAGCCCCGAUCGACCGCGUUAUUGUCUCCCCUUUCCUCCGCUGCCUACAGACUGCUUCAAAGACCGUCGAAGCCCUCUUGAAAUUGUACAACGAUCCCGACGUAGAGAUUAAGGUUUGUAUUGAGUUUGGAUUAGCAGAAGUUAUGAACGACAAAGUCAUAAAAACGCCGCCUCGCGAUGAAGAUUUUGGAUUUGAUAUCUCAGAGUGUGAAGUUGACUUCCCAUCACAAACCGUAUACCUAGAUCCCGAGACUUAUGAACAAGUUUAUCAGCAGCUGCCAGGGUGGGGAGAAGCGAGAGAAGCUGCAUAUGGUAGGUAUAGGAACGUUGUACGCGCCCUUGCCGAUAAAUAUCCUAGUGAGAACCUGCUUAUUGUCACGCAUGCUCUAGGAGUAGAAAGUUUGACAUCUCAACACAAGGAGACACCAGCGGGGAAAGUUGCAUGGGUGGAAGUUGGUGGGUAUGCACACUUAAGGAGGUCACGUGGCAAAAACAAUGAUGACUUCGAACUCCCAAAUCUAUUUCGUGUUGAUUUUCGGCACAAGCCGCAGGCCACACGAAGGGAGUUACAUAGUGUGCCACAUUUUGAGGCACAAAAUGAGACAAGUAGUAGGGGUUGCUGCUUCCAAGUGUGUGUAUCAAUAUUAUCUAAGUUUGGUCUGGUAGUGUCUAUCCUUGCUUGGAUUGCUUUGGCCGGUUCAAUUUUGUACUGGUCCGGUGUACUUGAUAAAUAUCUGGUCUGGGCUCGUCAUUUCGGAUCUAAUCUCAUCUCAUGAUCAAUCUCAUUUGGUAUAUCACUCAAAUAAGUUUAAGUGAUCGAAAAAGUUUGAGGUGAUCCGACUUUGAUUAAUCCGGGCUAACAAAGUUGAGUUCAACAUAACAUGUCUUGUAUUUUAUGUAUUCUUCACAUUACUUGUGUCGUUGUAUUUUUGAGUAAUUAAAACAUUUUUCUAAUUGUCAUUAUGCAAUCGUCAAGAAAAUUGUGUUAAUUUUA